AUGAAGUUGAAUAACCAAACCCUAAUGUCAAAACAAGCUUCCAAACAGAAGAACAAGAACCAGGAGAAUACGAUGCAGCCAUUGCCAAGUCUUCCCGAAGAUAUGAUCCAUGAAAUUCUUUGCAAGUUACCAGCGAAAUCUCUCUCUAGAUUCAGGUGUGUAUGCAAACCCUGGAACAUCCAAGUCGCCGACCCAAUUUUUUUUAAUUCUAGCAACAAAUUUACUUUCAUUGUGAGACAUGGCAUAAAUAAGUUAUAUUCUUUAGAAUAUGAUAAUUCAUCAACACCACUAUCACGUUUUCAAGACGAGGGUAUUAAGCAGAUUCGGCAUCCCUUCAGUUUUCCUAAUCAUAACAUCAUUCCUAAUAUCAUUGAUGUUAAGAUUUUGGGUUCUUGCAAGGGGCUGGCUUGUUUAAGUUAUUUUUUCAAUUCUUGUCAUUUACCUUGCAUUUGGAAUCCGUAUACUGAAGAAUACAAAGUAGUACCCAUAUCAACUGCACUAAAUCCAUAUCGACAGUAUGUAGAUGUGCGUGCAAAUGGGUUUGGGCAUGAUGAUAACGCUAAUGAGUACAUAUUCAUUAAUUUUACGGGUUCUCGAGUUGGCCGUUUAGGUUACCCUGGAUCGAUUGUCAGUGCAUAUUCAUUGAAGUCUAAUUCAUGGAAACAGUCACUAUAUAUCCCUUAUGAGUUUCCUUUUGAUAAGAACACCCAUACAACACCAGGGCUUUUCUGUAGUGGAGCUUUUCAUUGGUUUGCAAAAUCAAUUUUAGAAAAAAAUGCCUCCUCCUCUGAAGUAUUAAUUGCUUUAGAUGUUGGAACGGGGGUUGUCCAAGAAAUUCCACAACCAGGAAGUCUGGACUUUGAUGAUAAAUAUGUGGAUGUGUUGGGUGGUUGUCUUGUUAUUCUUUGCAGUACUAAAACGGAGAGCUUUGAAGUAUGGCUGAUGAAGGAUUAUGGAGUGAGGGAAUCUUGGAUAAAAAUUUAUAACAUUCCUAGAUUGAUGUUGUUUGAUGUGGAACCAGUAGUUCAAUGCUUGAGGAGGAUUAAGUGCUUAAAAAAUGGACAGAUUAUACUAGAGAUUGAAUACUACAAGACCAAGAGGAAUACUGCAACAAUUUUGAUUUUGCAUGACUUAAAGGACGGCCAUCGUAGAGCUUUGAAGUUCGGUGAAGAUAUUUUCAAUUGUGUAUCAUACAAACCAUUAAACCUGGAGACUUAUGUGAAGAGUUUGGUUUCCCUUAAGUGGAACACCUACGUGGGCAAUAUAGAGCAGGAAGCACAAGUUGUAAAUGAAGAAUUAGCUUUUAGCAGACAAAUUUACGAGGUUCUUAUUGGAAUGCAUAAUUAA